AUUUACUCUUUUGGUUCUUGUUGUUUAUAAGAUCCAAACUGCCAAACAUUUUUUCUUUCUUUCUUCGUUUCCUCUUUAUCAAAAGCUACUAUUGAUCUCAAUUUCAUUUGCUAGUAGGAUAUGUCAAAUUCUACUAGUAAAUGUUCCUUGCCAAAAAAGAGUGGUUCCAAUUCUAACCGGUUCAAGUUUUUUAUUCCUCGAAACAACAAAAAUAAACAGCAACAAAACGCCGUUGAACCGAUUAAACAAGAUGUCUCGCAAGUCGAUUUAUAUAAGUCAAUUUCACCUGUUAAACAAGAUGUCUUGCAAGUCGUCUCAAAAGAGUCCAUCUCACCAAUUCCUGUUAGCGUGAAAAAUUUGAAUAAUAUCUUGUCCUCGUUCACUCCAAAAUUACAAACUAAGAGCAAAGGAAGCAAAAGUUCCGAGUCUGUGGAGAAGCCCUACUUCGUUCUUGAAAACUUGUGGGAUUCUUUUAAAGAAUGGAGUGCCUAUGGAGUUGACGUUCCUCUCACACUGAAUGAGGAUGAACAUGUCAUACAAUACUUUGUUCCUUAUUUGUCUGCAAUUCAACUCUAUGUUGAAGAUGAAGGAUUGGCCAAAAAGGCCAGUGAGGAAAGUGGUACUUCUGUGCCUUCAAACAAGACACCUCAUAAGCUUGUCUAUAAAUAUUUUGAGCAUGUUUUGCCAUUUGCACGCCUCCCCCUUACUGAUCAGGUUUCAACUCUUGCUAAAGAAGAUCCUUGCAUAAAGAAUUUGAAGAGCUCUGAAUUAUCAUCCCGCAGUUGGUUUUCCGUGGCUUGGUAUCCGAUUUACCGUAUCCCUCUUGGACCAACGAUGAAAAACCUCUCCGCGUCGUUUCUUACAUACCAUAAACUGUCAACUGAUUUCAAAAUCAAAACUCAACAGGAGAUGCAUGGCGGAAAGUUGAUAAUGUCCCUCCCAAGUUUUGGCCUAACUACUAAUAAGGUGAAAGGGUCAAUUUUGCCUUUUCCGGAGGCGUCUGAAUCUCGUCUGUUGAACUCGCAUUUGAAGGCUGCUGCUGAUUGGUCGAAGAAUUUGGAGGUCAACCAUUAUGAUCAUAACCAUUUUGUUAAGAAUGGUAAGCAGUGGGUAGAGUAGAAGGUUUCUUGAGAUGAAUGAAAGUUAGGAAAGACUUGGUUGUCAUUAGGAGUUUCUAUAGUAGGAAGUUGAAAACUCAAUCGUCUCAAUUUUUACCUUGUUUGGAGUUACAUUAAUGGCUGUAUCUUGUCAAUUUACUGUGGUUCAUUAUUAUGAUAUUUAUGUUAAACUUC